AUGUCGAUGGUUGUGGUUUUUGGGCGUGGGCAUGGGCUGGGAGAUUUGAGGGACAAGACCGGCGAAGGCGAAGUUGGGAGGGGGAUUGAAGCGGACGCCACGCCUACCCCGCCACCCCUCUGCCACUCGCCCAACUCCACCAACCCCGAGCCCUCCUCAACCGCAGACUCGACGCCCGUCUCGACCCCGGUGACCCAGGCCGCCUCUCCUCACUUUGGUCGUCAUAAGAGGGACGACCUCCUCUUCUCCUGGUAUCGCAAGCCCCACGAGCUGGGUCCCCUGCCCCCCCAACUCUCCGACACCGACCUUCUCUUCGAAGACGCUGCAGACGACUGCACCUUCCCCCUCUUCCCCGAAAGCCCCCGGCAGCGGCUGCCCCUGCCCAACAUGGCUCAGGCGGCAACUCCCAUAGACAUCACCCCUCCGCGCGUCAACUCCUCCUCGCCUCCGCAGAACCAGACCUCCAAUCUCACGUUUGCGCUGCAGGAGGCCAAGGCGAAUGCCAGCCGCGAUGCCAGCGCCACUCCCAAUCCGCCUCAUUCCGCCGCCCCCGACUUCCUCGAUGCCCGCCCGAGCAUAGGCGGUCGUCACGGUUCCAUAAGCAAUGGCCUCGGCUCCUCCUUCUUUGGGAGCGGAGCUCGACCCAUCUCCAUGAAGGAUAGGCCUCGAAGGGAGAGCAACAUGGGGAUGGGAAGCUUCGCCGGUGGCAUGAGCUGGGGUGGCGUCUCUGUCGGUUCUUGGAUCCGAGAUGAUGUCAUGAUGACCGGCACCUCUCCGGCCCAGUUCAACAACUCGCCCUCCUUCCACUCCUCUUCCUAUCUGCCCAAGAUGGAAGCCGCCUUUAUGAAGGAUUUCACCUGUUGCGGCCUCACCCUCGCCUCGCUACACGAUUUGCUGCAGCAUUUCGAAGAGGUGCAUGCCAAUGCGCCUCCGCCGCGUGCCACCCAGUCCGGCAACGGCGGACUGCCACCCACAUCAGGUGCCUCCGCUGGAGCAACCUCCGCCAGCCAAAUGCAGACCCAAGGCGAGCCGGCAAUGCAGACGCAGCUCGGUUUCCAUCCAAGGCAGAACUCGAUGGGAGGCUUCAGGCCGCAGAGGCUCGGUUCCUUCAGCCGAAGCAACCUGUCGACCGUCCAGGACAUGGACGGCUUGGACAACAUGGAGAUGGACGACGUCAACACGAACAUGGACGGCCUGGCACCGAUCCAGGAGACGCCUGCACUCACCCCUCAACAAUCUCAGUCGCAAUUCAACCAGAACCAGAGCCAACUGCAGCAACUCAACGUCAACUUGGCCAAUAUGCAGCAGCAUCAAGGCUUGCGCACCUCGACUCCCAGCACCCCUGCCACCUCUCAACAGUUUGGACUGCAGAAUAAUCCUACCGUGUCCUCUGUGAACACCCCAACCCUCGGCGCCGCACCCAUGCAGAACACAAACAAUCUGACUUCGCCAGAGUCAUCACAUCCCGGCACGCCCGCCGAGCUUGACAUGGACUUCUCCAAUGGCUUCGGACAGCCCAUGAUAGGCAUGCAAGGCAUGGAUACUAUGAACUUUGGGAACAUGAACCUCGGAAAUGGCAUGGUCAAUGGCUUGCCGGGGUUUGAUGGAACCAUCGACCAGCCGGGAAAGCGUUUAUUCAGCAAGCAUGGUGGCGGCUGUACGCAACAGCAACUCCAGGCCGCAUACAACAACUUCCAGAAGAUGAGUUCGACCGAGCAAAGCGAUCUGGCCAAGAGGAUACGAGAGCAGCAGAUCAUGGCGGGUGCCAACAUCCCUCAGUUGCCUUUCCCCGAGGAAGUCAAGCCCUUCAGGUGUCCAGUCAUUGGAUGCGAGAAGGCCUACAAGAACCAGAACGGCCUGAAGUACCACAAACAGCACGGUCAUCAGAACCAGCAACUCAAGGAGAACGAGGAUGGCACCUUCUCCAUUGUGGACCCCUUGACCUCGAUCCCCUAUCCAGGAACAGUCGGCAUGGAGAAGGAGAAGCCCUACCGGUGCGACACAUGCGGAAAACGAUACAAGAAUCUGAACGGACUCAAGUACCAUCGCGCACACGCUCCCAACUGCAACCCAGAGCUCAAGCUUGCGCAACUUGCGAAUCUGCAGGCUCUCAACGUCAACGUGGCGGGUGCCGGCAUGACCGGCAUGGAUCCCUCCAUGUUUUAA